AUGUCCGACUCUCUGGAACCGCCGGCCAAAAGGGCGCGGUUGGAGGCGGACGCUCCCACACAGUAUGGCGCCUUUGCAUCUGCGCUCGAUGCGCCUGGCUCGCCUGUCGAUGACAUGGACGACGAUUUCUACGACACUACGCCCGUCAAGGUCGAUGCGCUGCCGGCUGCAGUGGGCAACACGACGACGUCGUCGAUGUUUGCUGCGGCUGCACCCGCGCCAGCCUUUCAUCUUCCUGGGCUCGGCUCUGUGAGCGAUGCCCCGGCCGCGCAGCCUCCACCGCAGAAGCGCGAGCGCGCCGUAACGCCAGAUGAAGCGCCCGAAGACGGUGAGCUCUCAGAUGAUGGAGACGCCUUCUACGAUGAUGCGCAGUCGAGCAAGCCGGCGGCAGAGAUGCCAGUCGAGCCGGUCGCAGCCAAUCAGGCUCAGGCCCAGCACCAGGCUCCACAAGACGGUAUCUCGACGUCUGCCAGUGCGCCAGAUACGAAUGCAGAUGCAGAUGAAGGUGUUCCUAUUACUACCGACACCCCUGCGGCCGACACUGAUGGCGAGCUGGAUGCGGCACUCACUGCAGCCAUAGAUGAACAAAACAACCAAGCAGACACGCAGGGCAUUGACAGCAAAGCCGACUUCCUUCGCGCCGCAGAGGCCAACAAGGGGGACGAGAAUGCCGAAUGGCAGCUAGAUUCUGAUGCCUCCGACUCGGACGACUCGAGUGACUCAUCCAGUUCCGAUGACAGCAGCUCUGAUGAGGGCGAGCUGCUCGACCCCGCGGAGCAGGUGCGACUACUCAUGGCCGAGGCGGCUGAUGAGCCAGGCGCGACCGGCCCCGUCAAGGUCAAGACGCUCAACGAGGUCGACGAGCAGUAUGAGAAGCCCGACAUUAUCGUCACUGAGGCGACCAAAAUCACCGAGCUUGGCACUGUCGAGUCAAUUGUCCAAAACCUCGUCGUGGUCAAGGCCCACCAGUCUGGCGACGAGCGUGUGCUUGAGUCAGGCUCAGCACUCUGUCUGCAGGACCGCGUCGUUGUCGGCAAGGUCUCUGAGCAGAUUGGCCGCGUGGAAGAGCCGCGCUACUCGUUUGGCUUCAAUGACGCCGCUGAACUUGUAACACUAGGCAUACAGAAAGGCACGCCCAUCUACUACGUCGACGAACACUCCACCUUUACCGAAACAGAGCCCAUCCGCCGCCAAAAGCAUACCGACGCCUCCAACCUGCAUGACGAGGAGACCAACGACGUCGAAUUCUCAGACGACGAGAAGGAGGCCGAAUACAAGCGCGAGCAAAAGGCUAAGAAGCGCGCAAGGGCCGACGGCGAUGACGAACCGCCCGCUGUCCAUAUCCCUACUGGACCCAGGCUACAUGUCGACGCACCCGCACCGCCCAUCUACCGACCUAUGGAAUAUCAGGGCGGUGGCCUCAAGUAUAGUGAUGACGAGGAUGAAGACCUGGGCAUGUACAAGCCCCUUGCCCGACCGGAUCAUUUUGAACAGAUUGUCGGCCAAGGCGCGCCGCUCGAGGACCGUAGUCACGUCCGACGCGGCAUGGGCCGUGGCAGGGGUCCAUGGGGUGAUCGCGGACGCGGGUUCCGUGGACGAGGUGCCGGCGGUCGUGGCGACUUUGGAGGUGGUGGUCGAGGUGACCGGGGAGGCUUUGGUGGUGCACGUGGCGACUUUAGCGGAGGCCGCGGUGACCGUGGGGCACAGCAAAACAACAGAGGAGGUCACGGCAAUAAUCGCGGAGACAAGGGCGGCGGUGAUAAAGGGCGUGGUGGCAAGAACCAGAAUCAGAAUGACCGUGGCAGGCAGCAGGACCAGUUCAACCAGCAGCAGAACAACCAGCGAAACGGCCCCUACCAAGACAACCGUUCAGGAGCAUCGGCAUCGCCGGCUCGCCAGCAACAGGAGCGCGCUCAGUCCUACACUCAGCAAGACCGCGGCCAGUCUCAGCAGGCGCAAGCUCAGCAGUCCCCAGCUGGAGGCGGCAAGAACAAGAACCGCAAGCAGCGGCAGCGUGAGAAACGAGAGCGAGAACGUCUGCAGCAGCAGCAGCAGCAGCAACAGCAACAGCAGCAGCAACAGCAGCAGCAACAGCAACAGCAGCAGCAACAGCAGCAGCCUCCGAAACAGCAACCACAGAAUGCGCCUCCUGGACCCAACACAGGCUGGCCAGUACCCUUCUCGACUCCCGCGCAACCAGCAGUCCCCUAUGCUGCGGCGCCACAUCCUCUACCACCAACUGCAGCGACAUCAUAUCCACCUCAACCAUCGUACACUCCGCAGCCGCAAGCCCCGGCGCAGCCACCACAGCAGCAAACCCAGGCGGCCAACUGGGCAGCGUGGGCACAGUGGUUCCAGGUGGUCGGAGCCAUGAGUGGGCAACCACAGCAACCUCAGAUGGCAGCACAAGCUCCUACACCAUCACUGGCGCCUCAGCAGCAGCAGCAGCAGCAGCCGCAAGCACAGUACACCUACCCGUAUCAGCAGCCAUAUGCGCAGACACCAGCGCCACCUGCAAAUGGUCAGCAACAGGGCAACGCACAGGCGGGUGCCCAGUCUCUCCAAGACAUCUUGCGAGCUCUUCAGGGGGGCGGAGCGCCUCGGUAGAUGGAUGCCAAGCCGCCGGAAGUGCAACUUUCUGUGUUUACGCGUUCGGCACGAGGUGGAUUUUAGGGAUUUUGAUAGUUUUGGAAAGUGGUGUAUGAUUAUGUUGUUUCAAUAUGAGGCAUGGCACAAGUGUCUGUGUAUUAGAGAGAGAGAGAGUGUGUGUGUGUGCAGAGUGUGCAGAGUACAAUGUUCCUGGGAAGGCAAAAGACGCAUGAGGUGGACCGUCAAUCAGACGUAGAGGUUAAUGAUUUGUUGUUC